ACAGCUCGAGCUUGGGUCCUAGCGUUGCAUAGAGACGCGUUGUUGUCGUGCAUGUUCAGUAAAUUUUCUGGACCCAAACCGAGAAUUUUCUUCACUAAAUAGCGAUGUGUUCGUCGAUAAUCCAACAUAAAGCAGCAGCAGCAGCGGCUGUCAUCAUCAUCAUCUAAUCCCGCGGGUUUAAGCGGCUCUGGUUAAACUGUUCUCACGAUGGACGCACGAGGCGUCUCUGAUCUGGACCUGGACAAAUAUGACGCUGAUGAGCAGCUCAAGAUCAUCUGCCUCGGAGACAGCGCUGUGGGCAAAUCCAAGCUUAUGGAGCGAUUCCUUGUGGAUGGAUAUCGUCCUCAGCAGCUCUCCACAUACGCCCUGACUCUCUACAAAUACACCACCACCAUCAGUGGACAGACUGUCCUGGUUGAUUUCUGGGAUACUGCAGGACAGGAACGAUUUCGAAGCAUGCACCCGUCUUACUACCAUAAAGCACAUGCUUGUAUCAUGGUGUUUGAUGUCCAGAGGAAAAUCACGUAUAAGAAUCUCCCAAUUUGGUACAAAGAACUGCGAGAGUACCGGCCAGAGAUUCCCUGUCUAGUGGUUGCUAACAAGAUCGACGCUGACACGAAGGUCACCCAGAAGAAUUUCAACUUUGCUAAGAAACAAGGUCUGCCCUUCUACUUUGUAUCUGCUGCUGAUGGGACCAAUGUUGUCAAGGUGUUUAAAGAUGCCAUUCAGAUGGCUCUGUCCUACAAGAGGAACUCCAACGACUUUAUGGAUGAAGUCAUGAGGGAGCUAGAGAACUUUGAUUUAGACCGUAAAGUAGAAUCAUCUGAUAAAGACGAGGAGACGCAAGAGGGCAAAGCGGACUCGGCGUGAUCACGUCACACUCUCUCAUCGUCUUUCUCCGCUGCUCCUGCACUUGUACUGACGAGUUCCUCAGUUCAUGGCUGUCCUCCCACCAACUCAACCUCACACCUCUCAAAGUGCGUGUCUGUUCAUGAAAUAAAUUCUGAUUCUGUGAAUGUACAGCUGAUAACAGAAUCACAAUGCACUCUGAACUCCGAUUUGAUACAAAUUGGGCAGCAUGCAGAUUUAGUAAAAAUCAGCCCUCUAAAGAGACUGUCUGGAAUGUGAAGAUUUGUGCUAACAUGAAAUAUUUUUCAACAUAUGUAUUUUUUAAGUGUAAUAUUUACAAGUUGCACAUUUCAAGUAACAAUUUGUAAUGCUCACCAGUUGAUGAUAAACAUCUGGAUCUUUGUGCAAGGGUAACUGAUAUUACUGUAUUUUAAACUUCCAUGCUCCCUUAAAAUUUUACAUUAAUAUUAAUGUAUAUGUCCACCUUCUUCGCCAACUAAACAGAUUUUUAUAUUAAAGCGAUUUGUUGCAAGCAUAUCUGAGCGCAGGAUUAGACGUUCCUCAGGAAUGGAUGAGAGGACAGCCAUGACACACACUCAGUGAAGCAGAUGAAUGUGAAAACCAGAAGAUGAUCACUGACUAUUACAAACGGCCAGGUCACAGUUCAGGCUGUUCGAUGAUAAACUUGAUAAUGUGCAGCUUUCAGGCUUUGGGAAAGCAUUCAUGUGCCACGUCCACAUGCAGCUGUCUGAUCUGUUCAGUGAAACUGUGGAAGUAAAGGAGUGAAUCUCGUGAAAUGUCUAAAACAUGCUUGUCAAGUUACAACGAAAUCAAAACACAAUCCCUCUCAUUAUUAUUAUUUUUUUAUUUUAAUGUUUUAAAGUAUUUGUUUAUCAUAGUUGUUUUUUCUAAAGAAUGUAAUUUAUGAUGAUUUAAAAUAAUCAAAAUUAUGUUUAUAUAGUUGUUGUCAUGCAUAAUUGUCAUAAAAAUGCUAAAAUCUUCCUAAAAAAAGAUCAUGCUAAAAUAGACACAUUUAGGCCGUUUUCUUAUAUUCGGAGUAAAGCGUGACCCAGAUAUUUCUUCAUGAGUUUCCCCUUUAGAGACAAGAAAUAAUUAUUACUGUAAAGAGCACUUAUUAAUAUUGCACAAACUGUGAAGUUUUUUUUUUUUUUUUAGAUUAUUGCUAAAAAAAUGUGUUUUGCGAUGUCUUGCACAAGUGCUUUAUAUAUGGAACAUGCACCCAUGUUGGUGAAUUCAAAUAGAAGCCGCUUUGUACUCCAUAUGAAUGUGUGUAUCUGAACUGGAUACAACUUUUACGUCAUUAGAAACAUGUUCUGGUGUUGUUAUGUACCUUAUUUCUGUGAGCAGAAUGUGGUUCAUAUUAAAGAUCUUACAUAUGGCAU